AUGUCCCAAUGUGGAUCUAAAGUUAAAAAUAAAAAACCUAUGAAUCUAGCUCAAAAAAAAGCUACAUUUUUAGACGUCGCUAGCAACGAACUCCAGCGACGCUGUAAAGAACAAGGUUUUGGGGAUAGCGUUGCCCAUGACCUUGAACAAAUGGACGAAUUGCAAUGCAUUAUUGCAAAAAAAAUAAUUUCGGAUGUUCUGUAUAAUGGUAGAAUGGGCCUUUUGAAUGUUCAGUCAAGUCUGACAGUGCAACCUCAAGCCGUAACGUCACACUCGUGCCCAAAUUACAAAACUACCAACAAACAACUACGCAGUCGCAACCACAGAAUGUGA